UGACUUAUUCUGUAUCUACAGAUACCCAGACUCAAGACGUGGUGCAGUGACUCAUUCUGUAUCUACAGAUAUCCAGCCUCAAGACGUGGUGCAGUGACUCAUUCUGUAUCUACAGAUAUCCAGCCUCAAGACGUGGUGCAGUGACUCAUUCUGUAUCUACAGAUAUCCAGCCUCAAGACGUGGUGCAGUGACUCAUUCUGUAUCUACAGAUAUCCAGCCUCAAGACGUCAUUCAGCAAUAAAUCAGUAGCAAGUUGCUUAGCCAACUCAAGACCCAUUAGCAACUUUGUAUUGAAGAGACAGAAAGUGAAAUGUCGAGCUUAGCACCCAGUGUGGAAGACGUGGUCAUUGCGUACUGCCCCUGUGACAUAAACUUUGUCAGGAAGUUAGCUGAUGCUUUGAGGGAGGCCAAGUUAUCUGUCUGGUAUGCCAGCCCCUCACUUCCCCCUCAACAGGCUGGGCAACUGAAGAGUCAGGCAAUUCUGGGAUGCAAGGCCUUCCUGCCAAUAUUGUCAAAGGAAUCUGCAUCUGACAAGCAGCUGAAUGAUGAACUGGCCCUGGCCUACAUUUCAAACUCUGCUGUGUUCCCAGUUGGACUGGGCAGAUACCGGGACCUAGCUCCAGUUCUCAGUGGUGGAACGCGUUUAAUGUUGGCAAAAAUCAACUGGAUAUUUGUCUUCAAGGACAAACUAUAUAGAGAAAAUGUACCCAAGUUGAUAGAGUGCAUCAAUAACAUUCUCCUGCGUCAUGAAAGAGAGGGUGCUACCACUGAUGACUUACUGACUACACAUGGAAUGAAGGUAAACCUCAACUUUACCCAUGGCUUGGAGUUUGCUACAGAGGAUCUUGGGGAGGAGGAGGCGGAAGCGACAGAUGGACCUCCCAAUCAACCAGCUUCUCUGACCGGAUCUGGCCUCAGCUAUGACUUUUGGGACAGGCAUUUUGAAGGAAAAUCAGAGGUUACUUGGAAAGACUUCAAAGAUGCAUUUCUUCUUGACUAUGGUGACAAGAUUGUUGAGCAGUAUUCUGAAGACAAGAAGAAACUGUUUGUCAAUCUGAUGUAUAAGGAUAUCUUUGACCUGAAGAAAACAGUGACAAGGUCCGUGUAUAACCAAGCAUGCAGCAACAACAUGAAUGCUGACCCACACUGUUUCUACAACAGGAUUGAGGAGUACGCCAUUGCCUAUCUCUCUCUCAGGGAAGUGAUCGACAUGGACAGCACUCUCCGCAUCACCACCAUACAGAGUUUGGGCAAGUUUUCCUUUCCUGCGAUCGUGAAUGGUUUGUCUGAUCUUGUUCAUGAUGAAGAUCCAAACAUCCGUGCCGUGGCUGCCAUAGCUCUGGCUAAAGCAGGCAAACAGAAGCGAGAGACAGUUGACAAGCUGAUAAAUAUCAUUGAGGACGAGGAUCGACUGGUGAGGGAAAGUGCAUGCCUGUCUCUUGGAUACCUGAAGUCCCAGAGAGCUGUCUCCUACAUUGUGGACAGAUGGCUGAACGACCCAAUCUCCACCGUGAGGCAGGCUGCUGAACUGGCACUCAGCAAGAUGAAUGUGGAGGAAGCCCAGAAGUGUAUUCAAGUCACAAAAGUAUUGUCUGCAGAAAUGUCAGCUCUCAAGCCUCAGCCAAAGAAGACUUGAGUGUACUACUGAAAACUGUCCAUGGAUGAGGCUGUGAAAAUACUCACUCCCAUAAGUUGUCCACACUGCAUGUUGGAUUCACAAGAACCAUUUACACACUUGAACAUUUUGUAUCCGCUAACUUUUGCAUAAUUCCUAAAUUUCAAAGCCUGACACAGGAUCUCUUACCUUCUGGGUGAUGUGGUCUGAGCAUGUUCACUGAAAUGUAUUUCUACUAGAUCAGUAUCAAUACUACCUCCAACAGAUGUAUCUAUGGGGAAAAAAGUAGGUCCGCGCCAUGUGCAGUUGUGUGUCCCAACCCCCUUCAGAAGAGCACUAAGUCAGACACAGAUCAUGAAGUCAGAUUAUUGUAUUGUUGUCAUUAGAACAUGUUAUAACAUCCAUGUUAUAUAUUUUAGUGUUGCCAAGAAAACAUCCCAUAUAUAUAUAUAUCCCAUAUAUGUAUAUCCCAUAUUAAGUGUACAUGUAUAAGUAUUAUUGUGUUGACGUGGAAACAUUCCAUGAUAUGUUUUGUGCUGUUGCCAAGGUAACAUCCUGUUCUAUGUACUGUACUGUUGCCAUGUCACAUUAAACAUCACAGGGUAUGUAUUGUGCUGUUGCCAUGGAAACAUCCAACGAUAUCUUUUGUACUGUUCCCAAGGAAACAUCCCUUGAUAUGUAUUGUAAUGUUAUUAAGAAAACAUCCCAUAUAUUUUGUACUGUUGCCAUGUCACAGAAAACAUUCCGUGUUAUGUAUUGUAAUGUUGCCAAGGAAACAUCCCUUGAUAUGUAUUGUAGAUUGUAUUUUAAAAGGCAUUUUGUUUUGUCUUUAGUGCAAAUAAACCUCUGAGUCAUCA